UCACACACAACUCGCUCGCAACACACACACACACACAGAGAGAGAGAGAGGGGGGGGAAAGCCGGCAGCAUCCAUCCAUCGAGAUGGUGAAGAAAAUGGGAGCUAGCCGAGCGCUUGUGUUGGCAGCAGCAAUGCUGGCCAUGGCCGUGGCGGCCAAGGGUGCCCUGCUGCUGACGGACAAGGACCUGGAGUCGGAGGAGAGCAUGUGGAGUCUGUACGAGCGGUGGCGCAGCGUGCACACCGUGUCGCGGGACCUCAGGGAGAAGCAGAGCAGGUUCGAGGCGUUCAAGGCGAACGCCAGGCACAUCGGCGAGUUCAACAAGAGGAAAGACGUUCCCUACAAGCUCGGCCUCAACAAGUUCGCGGACCUGACGCAGGAGGAGUUCGUCAGCAAGUACACGGGCGCCAAGGUCGUCGACUCCGAGGCCGCCGCCAGGCUCGCCAGCGGCGUGCGCGUGUCGUCCAGCGACGAGUCGCCGCCGCAGCUGGCCGCCUCCGUCGGCGACGCGCCCGACGCGUGGGACUGGAGAGACCACGGAGCCGUCACCGCCGUGAAGGACCAGGGGCAGUGCGGCAGCUGCUGGGCCUUCUCGGCAGUGGGCGCGGUGGAGAGCGUCAACGCCAUCGUCACGGGCAACCUGCUCACGCUGUCGGAGCAGCAGAUGCUCGACUGCUCCGGCGCCGGCGACUGCACCUACGGCGGGUACACGUACUACGCCAUGCUGUACGCCAUCAGUAACGGGCUUACCCUCGACCAGUGCGGCAAGACUCCCUACUACCAGCGCUACGACGCCCAGCAGCAUCUACCCUGCAGAUUCGACGCGAAAAAGCCUCCUGUGGUGAAGAUCGACAGCAUGUACGUGAUGAACAACGCCGACGAGGCCGCCCUGAAGCGGGCAGUGUACAAGCAGCCGGUGUCCGUGCUCAUCGACGCCGGCGGCAUCGGCUACUACAGCGAGGGCGUCUUCACGGGGCCGUGCGGGACGUCGCUGAACCACGCCGUGCUGCUCGUCGGCUACGGCGCCACCGCGGAUGGCACCAAGUACUGGAUCGUCAAGAACUCGUGGGGCGCCGACUGGGGCGAGAAGGGAUAUUUCCGCCUCAAGCGCGACGUCGGCACCCAGGGCGGUCUCUGUGGCAUCACCAUGUACCCCAUUUAUCCCAUCAAGAACUGCCCCUGCCCGGCGGCGGCGGCUGCUGUUGCGGCCUACUAGCGGCCGGAGAGAGGGAUAAUAUAUGCAUGCUUAUUCAUAAAUAAAUAAACACAUGCAUACAUACAUACAUACAUAGAGUGUAGUAAUGUAUGUGUAUAUGUAUGCGGGCAUGGUUUCAAUAAAACGGUGUGUAUGGUGUCCCUUGCUUAUUGCAAGUUAAUUAAUAAAGGGUAAUAUCUCCCUC